GCUAAUAUUUUUAAAAUGACCUCACCAAACAAGACACCUCCCGGUGCUGACCCUAAGCAGUUGGAAAGGACUGGAAUAGCACAGGAAACUGGGUCACAAGCUGUUUGGUCACUCUCAUCUUGCAAACCAGAAUUUGGAGUAGAUCAAUUACAAGAUGGCAAUCUAGAAACUUACUGGCAAUCAGUUGGCUCCCAACCUUAUUUAGUGAACAUCCAAUUCAGAAGAAAAACAACUGUGAAGACAUUAUGUAUUUAUGCAGAUUACAAAUCUGAUGAAAGUUAUACUCCAAGCAAGAUCUCAGUCAGAAUAGGAAAUAAUUUCCACAACCUUCGAGAAAUUCGUCAACUUGAAUUGGUGGAACCAAAUGGCUGGAUUCACGUUCCCUUAACUGAUAAUCAUAAGAAGCCAACUCGCACAUUCAUGAUACAGACUGCUGUUCUAGCCAAUCACCAAAAUGGAAGGGACACCCACAUGAGACAAAUUAAAAUAUAUACACUAGUGGAAGAGAGCUCCAUUGGUAAAUUUUCUAGAUGUACAAAUAUUGAUUUCAUGAUGUAUUGUUCAAUAAGGUGA